CGGCCGGUCACCAGCGGCCAUAAAUACCCACCAACCUCCCAGCCCGCAAUCCAAUCCGCACCACCGCUCCGACGAACGGAACCAACAAAUCCCCCAGCCGAUCUCGUCUCCGGUCGACUCCAGCUCCCCCUCCUCCGGUCCUCCCCCACCGCCCCAAGAUGCAGAUAUUUGUGAAGACAUUGACAGGCAAGACCAUCACCCUUGAGGUGGAGUCGUCUGACACCAUUGACAACGUCAAGGCAAAAAUCCAGGACAAGGAGGGCAUCCCCCCGGACCAGCAGCGCCUCAUCUUCGCUGGCAAGCAGCUGGAGGACGGCAGGACCCUUGCUGACUACAACAUCCAGAAGGAGUCCACCCUCCACCUUGUCCUCCGCCUUCGGGGAGGCAUGCAGAUCUUUGUCAAGACCCUCACUGGCAAGACAAUUACACUUGAGGUGGAGUCGUCUGACACCAUCGACAAUGUCAAGGCGAAGAUCCAGGACAAGGAGGGCAUCCCCCCGGACCAGCAGCGCCUCAUCUUUGCUGGCAAGCAGCUUGAGGACGGCAGGACCCUUGCUGACUACAACAUCCAGAAGGAGUCCACCCUCCACCUUGUCCUCCGCCUUCGGGGAGGCAUGCAGAUCUUUGUCAAGACCCUCACUGGCAAGACCAUCACCCUUGAGGUGGAGUCCUCGGACACCAUCGACAACGUCAAGGCGAAGAUCCAGGACAAGGAGGGCAUCCCCCCGGACCAGCAGCGCCUCAUCUUUGCUGGCAAGCAGCUCGAGGACGGCAGGACCCUUGCUGACUACAACAUCCAGAAGGAGUCCACCCUCCACCUUGUCCUCCGUCUUCGGGGAGGCAUGCAGAUCUUUGUGAAGACCCUCACUGGCAAGACCAUCACCCUUGAGGUGGAGUCCUCGGACACCAUCGACAACGUCAAGGUGAAGAUCCAGGACAAGGAGGGCAUCCCCCCUGACCAGCAGCGCCUCAUCUUUGCUGGCAAGCAGCUCGAGGAUGGCCGUACCCUUGCUGAUUACAACAUCCAGAAGGAGUCCACCCUUCACCUUGUCCUGCGUUUACGAGGUGGCAUGCAGAUCUUUGUGAAGACCCUUACUGGCAAGACCAUCACUCUGGAGGUUGAGAGCUCGGACACCAUCGACAACGUCAAGGCCAAGAUCCAGGACAAGGAGGGCAUCCCCCCGGACCAGCAGCGCCUCAUCUUUGCUGGCAAGCAGCUGGAGGAUGGCCGUACCCUUGCUGAUUACAACAUCCAGAAGGAGUCCACCCUUCACCUUGUCCUGCGUCUCCGAGGUGGUAUGCAGAUCUUUGUGAAGACCCUUACCGGCAAGACCAUCACUCUGGAGGUUGAGAGCUCAGACACCAUCGACAAUGUCAAGGCCAAGAUCCAGGACAAGGAGGGCAUCCCCCCUGACCAGCAGCGCCUCAUCUUUGCAGGAAAGCAGCUGGAGGAUGGCCGCACUCUUGCUGACUACAACAUCCAGAAGGAGUCCACUCUUCACCUUGUCCUGCGUCUUCGUGGUGGUAUGCAGAUCUUUGUGAAGACCCUUACUGGCAAGACUAUCACUCUGGAGGUUGAGAGCUCAGACACCAUCGACAACGUCAAGGCCAAGAUCCAGGACAAGGAGGGCAUUCCCCCGGACCAGCAGCGUCUCAUCUUCGCUGGCAAGCAGCUGGAGGAUGGCCGCACCCUUGCCGACUACAACAUCCAGAAGGAAUCCACUCUCCACCUGGUGCUCCGCCUCCGCGGUGGUCAGUAAUUGCCGUGGGUGCUCUGGUGGGUGCCCCUGUCUUCCAUGUGAAGUGUUAGUCUCAUUUGUGUCAAGUCCUACUAUCAUGUCUGGUUUCAUGGACCAUCGAGUCCCCGUGAGAUGUGUGUUGGUUUCGUUUAAACAGUUGCUGGAAUAGCAGUACGGUCAAGUAUGAAUAAGUGAACUUUGAACUAA